CAUUCUUCUCCCCUUUCCUUUAUUUUGAACCAGCGAACGGACGCUCCUCGGGGCCCAAACCCGGCUGGUCUCUCUCCUCUGAGUUGCCCUUGCCCCACAUUACACCACACCACCCCCCUCCCACUCCAUGCUGUCAGGAGCGGAAGGCCGAAGCGCCACCGCGCCCACCCUGAUCUGCCCGCCCACCUAACGUCGGCCGUCAAUCGGCCGCCGCCGCGAUGGGGUUUGACGGGCUGGUCGUGGUGUCAGAUCCUUACCUGCAGCGCCGCUUCACGCAGGCCGAACUUCGCGCGCUCCAGGCCCAGUAUGCGGCGCUGCGGGACGCGUCGCCUAACGGGAGGCUGCGGAUGCGGGACCUCCCCGCCGCCAUCUCUGGCGUCCGCGGUGCGGCCAAGAGCAGGGACGCCGAGAAGGAGAAUAGCGCGCCGGAGCCAGGCCCCUGCCAUGGCCUCACUGACGAGGAGUGGGCCUCCGUGCUUAAGGCCGUCGCGCGUGCUGACGAGAAGCCGCACCAGGACGCGAGCUUCGAGCUCUUCCUCCGCGUCUACGCUGAGAUGCAGCUGCGACUCAAGGCAGUAAGCGUCUGCUCCGGCCGCGCCGGAGGAAUCGUGCGCUCCUCCUCCUCCUCUGCUGUUGCCUUCCUCACGGCGGCCACCACCACACUGCUUCACACCAUCAGCGAGUCCGAGAAGGCGUCCUAUGUUGGCCACAUCAACGCUUAUCUCGCGGAUGAUCCGUCCCUGAAGAGCGCCCUCCCCAUCGAUCCGGCGACCGAUCACAUCUUCCAUAUCACCAAGGACGGCGUGCUCCUAUGCAAACUCAUCAACUUGGCUGUACCGGGCACCAUCGAUGAGCGAGCCAUCAAUACCAAGAGGGUCCUUAAUCUUUGGGAGAAGAACGAGAACCACACGCUUUGCCUCAAUUCUGCCAAAGCGAUCGGCUGCACUGUCGUCAACAUCGGCACACAAGACCUCGCCGAAGGGAGGCCUCAUCUGGUCCUGGGCUUAAUAUCUCAAAUAAUCAAGAUACAACUGUUGGCAAAUGUUAAUCUGAAAAGCACACCUCAAUUAGUUGAAUUGGUUGAGGACAGUAAGGAGAUGGAGGAGCUUAUGAGUUUAUCUCCUGAAAAGAUUCUACUAAGGUGGAUGAACUUUCAACUGAAGAAAGCAGGUUUCCAGAAAAGAGUAACAAAUUUUUCAUCAGAUAUAAAAGAUAGUGAAGCCUAUGCUUGUCUAUUGAAUGUCCUAGCACCUGAAUGCAGUGCAAAACCAUCUGCGAUGUCUGUAAAAGAUCUACUUCAUAGAGCAAGGUUAAUUCUUGAGCAUGCAGAUAGGAUGGGCUGCAAAAGGUACCUGACUCCAAAAGACAUAGUUGAUGGUUUACCCAAUCUAAAUCUUGCCUUCGUGGCUCAUAUUUUCCAAAAAAGAAAUGGGUUGUCCAAACAAAUGAAACAAGUUUCCUUUGUGGAUGGACUCUCUGAUGAUGCUCAAGUUUCCAGGGAAGAAAGGUCAUUCCGGCUGUGGAUUAACAGCCUUGGAAUUUCAACUUACAUCAACAAUGUGUUUGAAGACCUUAGAAAUGGAUGGGUUCUCCUUGAGGUGAUUGACAAGAUUGCUCCAGGCUCAGUUAAUUGGAAGAUGGCAAAUCGCCCACCAAUCAAAUUACCAUUCAGGAAAGUUGAAAACUGCAAUCAAGUUUUGAAGAUUGGAAAAGAACUAAAAUUUUCUUUGGUGAAUAUUGCUGGAAAUGAUAUUGUUCAAGGGAACAAAAAACUGAUAUUAGGACCAUAUAAUGAAAUUGCAUUUAUCCUAGCUUUUCUAUGGCAAUUGAUGCGGUACAACAUUCUACAACUGCUGAAGAAUCUUAGAUUUCACUCAAAUGGAAAAGAGAUCACAGAUAAUGACAUAUUGGCAUGGGCCAAUAAGAAAGUAAAAGAUUCUGGAAAGCACCACUCUUAUAUGCAAAGUUUCAAGGAUAAAAGCCUUUCAAGUGGCACCUUUUUCCUUGACUUACUAAGUGCUGUGGAGCCUCGAGUUGUGAAUUGGAGCCUUGUGACCAAAGGGGAAAAAGACGAAGAGAAGCAAAUGAAUGCUUCAUACAUCAUUUCUGUGGCUAGGAAGCUUGGUUGCUCCAUUUUUUUGUUACCAGAAGAUAUAUUGGAGGUGAACCAGAAGAUGAUGCUAACUCUGACAGCAAGCAUUAUGUACUGGUAUUUGAAAAGGCCAACAUCACAAUCAUUGGACUCUGAAAACGGGAGUUCAUGUGAAACAACCUCCAUCACAACUUCAGAUGAUUCUGCAUCUGAAUCAUCGAUUGAUGACAAUACAACUAGAUAAAAGAGCAGGGUCAUGAAAAUAAUUGAUAUGACCUGUCAUUUUGAAAACUUGGGAUUGAUUGUUUGCUGUAAUUUUAAGGGCAAAUACAUUCAAGACCGAGGCAAGGGAAAUGGUUAAGGGCUUUGGGUGUUUUUUUGAGGUUUAAUAGUGUGAUUGGGUGAAAGAUGUUUGACAUCCUGUAAAUAUAUCUAUAACUAGUGACAAUAGGUUGUCCAAAAUCCACUAUUUGAGUUAGAACAAUUUGAGUUACAAUGUACAAUAAAUUAGUGUCCUAUCCGUUAAAGCUUUUAGGCGCAUGUUGUCAUAUGCUUAUGGAAUAACUACAACAUUUUCCUUGAAAUAUGCUUAAAUUAACACGAGCUUAAAUCGCUUGUGAUUUGGCUU